AUGCCGGGACUCGGAUCGCUGAGCUCGGCGGACAAGACGAAGGCGUCGACGAUGCGGUUGUUUCAAAAAUCGCUGCGAGACAUGAUCACGGGCAUUCGCAGUCACAAGGAUUCGCAGAAGGAGUUUAUAAAUAAAUGCCUGAGCGACAUACGCGCGGAGGUGGUGAGCUCGGACAUCAGGACGAAGGCGGUGGCGAUCGAAAAGGCGACGUACCUGCACUCGCUCGGGUAUUCGAUGCACUGGGCGUCGUUUCACGUGGUGGAAUUGAUGUCGACGACGAACGUAAAGUAUAAGAGAAUCGGAUACUUGGCGGCGUGUCAAAGUUUUGGGGACGACACGGACGUGGUGCUGUUGAUUCCUAAUUUGUUGAAGAAGGAUUUGGCGUCGCCGAAUCCCGCGGAGGCGGCGCUGGCGAUUUCGUGCCUGGGGAACAUCGUGACGCCGGAGUUGUCGCAGACGCUCGUGGCGGACGUGUACUCGCUGUUGAACAAUCAUAAGCCGGAUUUGCGACGACGAGCGUGCUUGUGCCUGUACAAGUGCUUCUUGCGAUAUCCCGAGGCGCUGCGACCGUCGUUCGCGCGAUUGACAGAAUGUCUGGACGACGACGAUCAAUCCGUGGUGCAGGCGGCGGUGACGGUGCUUUCCGAGCUCGCCAUGCACAACCCGAAGACGUACCUACCGCUCGCGCCCAAGUUUUAUAAACUCUUGACGUCGAGCUCGUCGAAUUGGAUGACGAUCAAGCUCGUGAAGGUUUUCGGCGCGCUCACGCCGCUCGAGCCGCGACUGGCGAAGAAGCUCGCGGGGCCGAUCUCGGAGAUUCUCGAAACCACCAACGCCAAGUCGUUGAUGUACGAGUGCGUGCGCACGGUGGUGAUGGGGAUGACGAGUCAAGAAAAGGUCGUCCGCCAAGCGGUGGACAAGCUCAAGGAUAUGUUGGAGGAUCACGAUCCAAACAUCAAAUUUUUGGCGUUGCACGCGUUGACGUUUUUGCUCGAUUCGCACCCGCGCAUCGUCGCCGAGCACAAGGGGAACAUCUUCGAGUGCCUCGACCACGAAGAUUCAAACAUUCAAUACUGUGCGUUGAAAAUUGUGUGCGGUUUGGUGACGAAGCGCACGCUCAUCGACACCACGGCGCACUUGAUGAACGCCAUGGGCAAGGCGGAUCAACGCUUCAGGGACGAACUCGUGUUGAGCGUGAUUCACAUCUGCAUGAACGAGCGCUACGCCUUGGUGACGGAUUUUGUGUGGUAUCUUUCCGUCCUCGCGGAUCUCAUUCGUGUCCCGUGCUCGUCUCACGGCGCGCUCAUCGGUGAACAAAUCAUCGACGUGUGCUUGCGCGUCGAGGUGAUUCGCGAAGCCGCGGUGGGCAUCUUGGGCCCGCUCUUGCUCGAUGACUCAUUGCUCGAGCAAUCCAACGUCAACAAGACCGUGCCCGGAGCGCUCAAGGCCGUGGCUUGGGUCGUGGGCGAGUAUGCGCACUACGUUGUCGAUCACGAAGAAAUUCUCGACGCGUUGCUGAGCCCGCAAGUCAAGCAACUCCCGGGCGACGCGCAAGCGGUCUACUUGCAAACCAUCUUCAAGGUUUACGCCAGUGCGUUGGUUCCCGAAUCCGAGGACCUCGUCGUGUUGCGUCAAAAAGUCUCGCGCGCGAUCGAGCCGUUCACUACGAGUUUUAAUCUCGAAGUUCGCGAGCGAAGCUGCCAACUGCAGCAAAUGCUCGUCAUCGUCGGCUCGUCCGAGGACAAGGAACCGGGCUCGGGAAUCGCCAUAAUCGAAGCUUUCGCCACGGUUUUGAGCGAAGAGAUCCAACCGGUGAGUGUCAAGGCGCAGCGUAAGAUCGACAUCCCCGCCGAGCUCGGCGCGGAC